AGGAUGCUGACGCGAUCGUAUCCUCUGCUCUAAGGCCCCUUAGGUCCUUUAGUCGGGAUGUUUUAAGACCGUUUUGGCUAAUUAGUAUCGUAAAGUGCCCAGAAUGACAAUGCUCAUGAUGGAUAGAGUGCCUCCGACUGGUUCGAGAAGCGAUAACGAGCCUUGUUCUGAGGACGACGAAGAGUUACAGGUGGAUGUUGAAGCGGAGGAUACCUCGCUUUGCCCUGUGGACCUCACUAGAAGACAGCAUUUCGACCUCACAGGUCACCAACCAUGCGAGGAAGACCCUCUUCGGAGGUCGGACGACCUCCACCAUCACCACCACCACGAAGACCUGGAACCAUCGCCCAGCCUCAGGCAACACUCAGGCGACUUGGACUUUCCCAGGCGGCCUACGAGUACCUCCAGACACUUACCAGAUAGUGACAAUAGGCACCAAGAACACCUGUCGGACAGUGAUCUAGUGGAACGGGGAAACGGGGAAGACUGUACCAGUGACGAUGUUUGUAGUGAUAGGUCGAGGAGUCCCAAGGACUGCAACAGCAAUUCCUCGUCGGGUAGGAGGCUGGCCUUCAGUGUCGAGAACAUUUUAGACCCCAACAAGUUCACCAGUAGUAAAUCUGUUUUCGGUGGGGGGAAUGGACUGUGUUAUUGGAAACCGGUGAAUGCGGACCAUUCGGCGGGGUUCAGGACGUCGCCUGCUGAUUUUGAAGACAACGAUGCUUCAGGGAAGGAUCGUCAGUCAGAUGAUGAUGAUGACAUGAACAGUGAUAUAAGCGAAGACCUGAAAGAUCCGUCAAAAAAGAAAAAAG